AUUGACGCCAAAACAGCCUUCCAGCUCAAGACCAAUGCAGCUCAAUGUCCGAGAAUAUACGGGCUGCCAAAGGUACACAAACCGAAUAUGCCACUUCGUCCGGUGGUGUCCAACAUUGGUGCGCCCACGUAUAUGUUAUCCAAAUACGUCGGUCGAAUUUUGCAAUCGUCGAUCAACAGCAACUACAACAUCCGUGAUUCGUUCUCUUUCUGCACCUUUAUCAAUGCCAUUCGCUUACCAGAAAAUCACAUUCUGGUAUCGUUUGAUGUCACAUCGCUGUUCACGUGCAUCCCACGUGAUAUGAUACCCGGAAUCAUCAUAGAGAGAUCUAGAGAUAAUCAACUUCUGUCUCGAGUGUAGUUAUUUUUCAUAUAAAGGAAUAUACUACAAGCAGAUCUUCGGCACAGCAAUGGGCAGUCCGCUGUCCCCCAUCAUUGCAGACCUGGUGAUGGAAUCCCUUCUGGAUAAUGUGGUGAGCCGUCUAAACUUUCCCAUACCUCUCAUAAAGAAGUAUGUCGACGACCUGGUCCUUGCGCUACCACCAGACAAGAUAGUAGAAGUUAUAAACAUUUUCAACAGCUUCAAUGAAAAUAUCCAGUUCACUUUCGAAAUGGAACAGAAUGGCAGGCUCCCAUUCUUGGACAUGGUUUUAGUUCGGCAACAGGAUCAAACGAUUCGUACUGAAUGGUAUAGUAAACCCAUGUCAUCAGGUCGUCUAUUGGAUUUCCUGUCGGCUCACCCACUGCAUCUCAAAAUGAACACGGUCAAUAACUUCAUACGGAGAGUACGUGAAUUCACCACAAAUCAAUCCAAGGAUGCGGCGGACAACACGAUAGAUGUCCUCCUGAAGUUGAACCAUUAUCCGGCACCCCUGCGACACCGUUUGCUGAAUAGGGGUAUCACUCCAAGAACCAAUGCUCCUCCUGCAGUUGAGCAUGAAAUCGUCUACAAACCUAUGAUAUUUGUGAACGAUUUAACACAACGUUUGAAGAAGUCACUCGAAGCCACACUGCCAAAUGUUGUUCUUGCGACACGAUAUGAAAAAACCACCAAACGAUUAUACAGCAACAUGAAGGACGUCAUACCCCCGGAGAUGCGGAACAAUGUCAUCUACCGCAUUCCCUGCAAUGACUGUGCAGCAAGCUAUGUAGGGUUAACAACUACCCAACUGAAAAAACGGAUCAGCGGACAUCGUUCAACCAUAAACCUUCUCGAAGAACUGGUUUCCAGCAACAGCGUCAGCCCCAGGACGAAAUUCGAAUUGGAACGAUUGAGGGAAAAAACAGCACUCCUGCAACACAGCAUUGAUGAGCAACAUCGUUUUGAUUUAGAAAAAACUCAAAUCCUAGACCAACACAGAAGGCAAACAGCUCUUCCAAUUCUCGAGGUUUGUCACAUUCUAAACACACCUCACACCAUCAACAAGAGAUCAGAUAUCGAAUGUUUGAGUUCUAUGUAUGCAGGCAUAUUCCACACACUCCACACAAAACAAUCUAAAGGUACCAACACAGCAACAAUAACAGAAAUACCCAAUAGUUACCAAAGCGAAUCAAACCACGUUGUACCCACUUAGGUUCCACAAAUAUUCACCACUUAGCUUAAACAAAUUGGCCGUUGGUAGUGUUGUUAGAAGCGCGAACCGAAUUCUGCGAAUAUUAUUAGUGUUCUAUAAGUGGAUCCCAACGUUUUUUAAAAUAUUGUUUUAGACGGAUUAUGCUUUCACAAAGCUUUUCAGAACGAAAGCGAUCAACACUUCUGUAAGCCUCUUUUUUAAUGUUUUAUGUUUAGUAUAUAUAGUAAAAUUAUCUUGUCUCAAAUAUAGAAUUCCCUGAAGAAGAUGUAAUAAACAUCGAAACGUCGGAUGAAGGAGAAUAUCUGAUCGUUUGAUUGCAAUUGCGACUGCCAAGCCGAAAAUCGUCCCAGGUUUCCAGAUUCCUCAGUCGAUAGCUACCUC